AUGAAAUUUCAUUAUGUCCGCAUCACUCUUCAUGACUUCAUUUCUUCAAAGGUUUUGAGACCCAAAGUUCGUACUCGGAAAUUCUCCUACACACGACUUAUUAUUCCAGUAAAAAACCUUGUUUGCUGUCCUGACUGUGGUUCCUUUCAUGAACCUCAUACGAUAUGUGGUACAUGCUACGAAGAAGUAAGGAAGAAGACUAAUGAAAUGAAAAAGACGUUUAUGAACUAUAAUCCUUAUAUGGGUGAGAAACAACAAAUACCAGACGCUUCCUUGGAAGUAUGGAGAGGCAAAAGGAUAGUAGAGGCCAAAAAACCUCAGGAAUCGUGGUUUAGAAAAAUAUAUCGGCAUGAAUCUAAUGAAUGA